GUCUGCCGUUAAUCUCUUUUUUCUGUUGAUCCAACCUCCUCAACCUCGUGCGGAAGUUUGUACAGAGGACAGUUCCUUACGGGGCCUUUUGACUUGAAUUUCUUUUUCCUCGAAAAGUUCGCCGUUUAGCUUUGCCUCACAAAGGCGCAACCCCGCCAAAAUGUCGUUAACGAACAGCCGUUUUUACGAGGAGAAGUACCCGGAGGUCGACAGCUAUGUCAUGGUCAACGUUAAGCAGAUCGCCGAAAUGGGCGCAUAUGUGAAGCUUCUCGAAUACGAUAACAUCGACGGAAUGAUCCUGCUUUCCGAACUUUCGCGGAGACGUAUUCGUAGUAUCCAGAAGCUCAUCCGUAUCGGUCGCAACGAAGUCGUCAUCGUACUCCGUGUUGACAAGGAGAAGGGAUAUAUUGAUCUUUCUAAGCGACGAGUCUCCCCGGAAGAUGUUAUCAAAUGUGAGGAGAGGUAUAACAAGAGCAAGGCGGUGCACUCUAUCAUGCGUCAUGUCGCAGAGGCUACUCAGACUCCCCUCGAGACACUAUAUCAGAACAUUGGAUGGCCUCUGAACCGGAAAUACGGCCACUCCCACGAUGCCUUUAAGAUCUCCAUCACGAACCCCGAUGUGUGGAACGAUGUUGAGUUCCCUAGCGAGGCCGUGAAGAAGGAGUUGACGCAGUAUAUCAGCAAGAGGCUCACACCCCACCCCACCAAGGUUCGCGCCGAUAUUGAGGUUACUUGCUUCGGUUAUGAAGGAAUUGAUGCGGUCAAGGCCGCUCUGCGUACUGCCGAGGAGGCCAACACUCCCGAUAGCCAGGUCAAGGUCAAGCUGGUCGCUCCUCCUCUGUACGUCUUGACCAGCCAGUGCUUGGACAAGGCCAUUGGUAUCAAGCAGCUUGAGGAAGCUAUCCAGAGGAUCGAGGCCAAAAUCAAGGAGGCCGGAGGUGGCUGCAGCGUCAAGAUGGCACCCAAGGCCGUCACCGAGCACGAUGAUGCCGCACUCCAGGAGCUCAUGGAGAAGCGUGAGCGUGAGAACAUGGAGGUCAGUGGUGACGAGAGCCAGUCUGAGAGCGACGAGGGCGUUCCCGAGUAAGCAGCCCAUAGUACGCCUACAGCGCCAAUUUAGGCCCCUUGGGCCCGAUUCGAAAGAGGAAAAUAUCAGAAAAUUGCGAUGUGUAGUUGAACAACACUGAAUACGAAGGCUGGUUAUGAGUACUGGUUUGCAAGGAUGGGGAAAAGUUCAAUAGAAGAGUUUCAAAUGUGACACGAUUUAUGAGACGGGAGACGGUUCAAUAUGCUCAUGGGCAGAAUUGAGAUCAACAGUGGUGCUCGGGGUCUAUGAGGAUGCGAGUCCAGCAGUCAAUAUUGGGGUUGCUUUUACCCCGUCAGAGACUGUGGUUGUCUCGUCGUUUCUCGUCUAGAGAUUAUUGGUCAAUCAUCUGCCUCUGUUGGUGACUGAGCUCUGGUUCGCUGGGGAACUCGAUUCCGCAUUCUCAUGUACAUAAGUUUCUUUGACCUGCGGGUCAAGAUCGGUGGUACCUUGUUAGACACCUACUAUCAAAACUUUCUUCUUUUUUUUUUGGUCA